CUUGCUGCCCUCUAGUGGACGGACUAAGAAGUACAACAACACAGAAAACUGUCAUGGCGGCCACCUCAAGGCUCAUAUCAAGGUUGACUCUGGUUACUGGUGGAGGCAGCGGGAUUGGACGCGCCGUGUCUCAGCGUUUGGCCUCUGAAGGCGCCUCAGUGGUGGUCGCUGACAUCAGCGAGGAUUCGGCCAAUGAGACGCUGGAGCAUCUGCAGAACGACCUCAGAGGUCAGAAUCACAUGGCGGCCGCAGUGGACGUGUCGUCAAAGGAGAGCGUGAAGAAGCUGGUGACGAGUAUCCAGACUCGUUACUUCCAGCCUCCCUCAGUGUGUGUGAACGCCGCAGGCAUCACUCAGGACGACUUCCUGCUCAACAUGGAGGAGGAGCACUUUGACAGAGUCAUCCAGGUCAACCUGAAGGGUUCAUUCUUGGUCACUCAGGCCGUCGCUCAGGCUCUGGUGGCCUGUGGCGCUCCUAAAGGAUCCAUCAUUACUCUGGGGAGCAUCGUUGGAAAGGUGGGAAACCUCGGCCAGGCGAACUACGCUGCAUCUAAGGCUGGAGUUGAAGGUUUGACCCGGACAGCUGCCAAAGAGCUCAGCAGGUUUGGGAUUCGUUGUAACUGCGUGUUGCCUGGUUUCAUAUCGACUCCGAUGACGGAGAAAGUACCAGAGAAGGUUCUAGUCAAGAUGAAGUCGCUGGUGCCUCUGGGGAGAAUGGGUGAACCUGCAGAGGUCGCCGAUGUUUGCGCCUUCCUGGCUUCAGAUGACUCCCGUUACGUCACCGGAGCCAGCAUCGAGGUCACAGGUGGACUUUUCAUCGGUUAAUUAAACACCAACCUGUUGAUGAAUCCCAGCAAGAAGCCAGUUUCCUCCUAAUAACAGCUGAUUAAUGUAAUUUUUACACAAGUAUGAUUGUAAUAAACAAUAUUUGUAAUUAUGAAGAUACUUUUUCUACCAAUAAACAUCUUAAUGUUGAAAAUUA